AUGAACGAGUGCGUGGGUGAAUGGGACAAGUUCUUAGAACGAAAUGUCAACGUUGAGUUUGUCUGGUUGCAGUUCCUCUCGAACACAUCGAACACCCUCGUGCGAAUCAUACCUCGGGCCAAAUUCUCAUCUAUGUUGAAAGAACAGCAGCUUCUUUCCAUACCAAAAUGCAUCCUCCACCUUCUGCCCGAAGAUCGCCUCGCUGAGGGAGCCACUCCGUCCGGCAAUUUCUACCUCCGCCCCGAUAUAAGCUCUGCAUACUGCCAAGCUGGGUCGAAUGGCACUCGCGCAGUCAUGAACGUGUACUUCGAGGACGGGGCUCCGAUCGCAGAAUGUGCACGAUCAACACUCCAUCACCUUCACUCGAUCCUUCAGUCAGACUUCGGAUACUCUCUACUCGUCGGAUAUGAGGUGGAAGUGAUGUUUCUAAGCCCGAAAAAAGAGAAUGGUGUCAUUGUGGACUACGAGCCGAUCAACACCGAACACUCAUUUACUAGCAUGACACCUGAAGAUCGCACCUACAUGGACCUGAUCGAGGCAGUGGCUCGAGCUUUAGCCACAGUCGGCAUUGACCUGGAACAAUUCCACGCAGAGGCAGGGCCCGGCCAGUGGGAGUUCGUGCUCCCUCCCGCGGAGCCAGUGAAGGCGAUAGACAUGCUACUCCGAGCGCGCGAGACCAUCAUGCUCGUUGCUCAAACCUUUGGAUUGCGAGCGACUGUCUACACCCAACCGUUCCCGGAGAAGGCCUGCAACGGUUCUCAUAUUCACAUAUCGGUCAAUCCACGUGAAUCAAAUUCGGGGCUCGCCAAGAUCAGCCCUGCGGAUGUCCAAGAGGCAGAGUCAUUUUUCGCGGGUGUUAUGCGUCAUUUCCCUGCCAUUCUAGCCUUCGCCUUACCCACUGACAUAAGCUACCAACGCAUUAUGACAGGGAUAUGGAGUGGAGGCGAAUAUACUGCCUGGGGCUGGCAGAACAAAGAAGUCCCAUUCCGGCGAAUUGACAGUACGCGAUUUGAGCUCAAAUUGGUGGAUGGGCUCUCUAAUCCGUACUUUGUGCUGUGUGCUAUUCUCAGAGCAGGGAUUAUUGGUAUGCAGAGCAACUUGUCUCUCACAAGAGGGCCUUGCUCGAUAGCCCCUGCACGUCUGUCUGUUCAAGAGCGACAUGCAUUGAGUAUCACAGAUCGAUUGCCCACCUCGUUAGAUGCAAGUCUCGCCGCUUUAGAAGCGGAUAAAGAGAUCCAGGAUCAUUUGGGUGCGAUUAUUAGCUCUUAUAUUUCUGUGAAGAAGGGCGAGGCGGAGUUUCUUCGUGCGAUGGACGAUACCCAACGGAGGAAUUGGUUGAUUGCGAGAUACUAG